AUGCUGCCCAGCGCCUCGGCCCCGCGGCAGGGAGGUUGGGAGGCAGAGGACAGGGAGGCUUCGCUGCCGGUGGGAGAUCUCCGCCAGGACUUCUCGCUCCCCGCACCAUCCUCGCCGCCCGGCUCAGAGCCGCCGCGGGCGCUCGCACCCCGCCCCGCCGCAGGCUCUCGCCCACGGCCCGCGGCGGUGCCGGGGCCCCCCCCGCAUCCCGCCCCCUCCCCCGGCGCGCAGGAGCGGCUCUCGCCGGCGUCCCUGGCUCCGCUGGGCUUUGGCCCCGCAGCGAGAGAGCGGCGACUUUCUCUCCACCUUCCUUUAGGAGCCUCUAUCCAGGUUUCCCCCCGGCAGCCAGACCCAGAAGCAGCAGCUGCCACCACCUCUUCAUUUUCAGGGGGAGGCGGUAACCACCGCAGCGCCGGCCGCCCGCCCGCCCGCCCGCGGGAGGAGCCGGCGAGGGACGGGACCACACAGGCGCACCCUCCGCCGCCCCCGUCGGCCGCUCGGUCACUUAGUCGCUUCCCGGCGAGGGGGCAGAAGGUCCGCAGCACCAGCCGACCCGACCCGGCCUGGCCCUCUCUCCCCGGCCACUGGAGCGCGGCGACAGGGCUAACUUCUCUCCAUCGCCGCCCCCCUAGGCAGCCGCCCGCCGGGCAGCGGGUGCCCGCGCCGGAGCUCUGCUUCUGCCGCCGCCUCCCGCUCAGCCCUCGUCGCCCCCGCCCCACGCUCCGCCGAGCCGCAAGCGGUGUGUGCCGCCAGCCCCGGGCGGAGGUCGCCCGAUCCUGCCCCGCUCUCACUGCCGAGGGCCGGCGACUCCCGCAGCUGAGUCCCGCGGGCGACCGCUGGGCACGGAAAAGCCCCACCCACGCGGCCCGACCUAGCGGGACCAGCCCCCGCCCCGUGCGGGCUCGGACACGGCACUCAUGGGCACACCCCUCGACCCGCCGGGAGUUGUAG